AAACCAAAGCGUCUCAGGGGCAAUUUAUUCAGCACAAAUCGCGGAUCUAGCAGAGAGGCAGCGGAUUUCGCAAAAAGGUGCACGGAUGAGCAAGCACGGACCGGUCCGGCGACUAAUUGCCAUUAUAACAAGGCGCACAAGUUGGCCAGCGCGUCAGGCACGUUUUAUUUCUUCGUAUUAGCAUGUAGCCAGUGCCGCAGCGGGGAGAUAAUCGGGCGGAGGGAGCAGUUACAGAGAGGAGACAGAGAGGGAGAGAGAAAGGAGCUGGCAGCACAUGAUCACACAGGCUAUCCAGUCACACAUCAACCGGGGCGUUCAUAAUCGCGCUGGCGACAACAUAUGGGAAUACAACAAGGCAAGACUGUGGUCACACCUGCGCGUGGAGGACACCGGAGGACCCGUGCGGGCGGAAAAAAAGGGCGGCCAAAUCUGCCGGACUGUGCAUCACACACAGCCGAGAGAAAAAAAAAAGAAAGAAAGCGUGGAGGAAGCAGCAUCCGAGAGCUGAGCUUUAGUCAGCACUGACGACUAAUCAACUUUGAGGCUGAACCCUGAAAAAAAGCAGAGAAAAGAUCUGUUCCAGGGAGAAGAGAGAACAUCGACUUCUGUAUCCACUUCCCAGAGUUUAUGGACUACAUGUCGACAGAGAGAGAGGAUACAGUUUGCACGCUUUGAAGGAAUCAGGUUGUGCAAAUGGUGCUGCAGCACCUUCAUCCCUGGAAGCCCCACUUCAAAAAGGUGGAGGUCACAGGAUUCCAGCUCACCCAAACAAUUUGAGGAUUGACAAAAGACCUGGAAAAGACAGACAGUGCUAAUGUCAACCAUAAUGGCACCUGUAGGUGUGGUUAAACUCCGGGCUCGACUCUUCCUGCUGUUUUUUUGCCUGACACUAUGUGCUGGCAUGCUUCAGUUUACCGCAGCCACCAUACAAGGGUACAUUGGAGACAGGGACAUGAUAUGCCCAUCUGUAUGCAGGUGUGAUGAAGACUUUAUCUACUGUAAUGAUCGGGGCCUGAGCUCCAUCCCAUCACUGCCCCCUUCUGCUUCUGUCCUCUAUCUACAAAACAACCACAUAAACAACCCGGGUUUGCCCACCUCCUUGGAGCACCACCUGGCUGUCCGAGUGGUCUACCUCUAUGAUAAUGAACUGGAUGAAUUCCCCUUGCACCUGCCGCCAUCUGUCCGUGAACUGCAUUUACAAGAUAACAACAUACGAACCAUUCCUCGUAGUACUUUGGCUCGGAUGCCCUUGCUGGAGAAACUCCACUUGGAUGAUAACUCUAUUUCAACUGUCAGUAUUGAGGACCAAGCCUUUGCUGACAACCCACGAUUGCGGCUACUUUUUCUUUCACGCAACCACCUGUCUAGUAUUCCCUCAGGACUGCCGGCCUCUUUGGAAGAACUCCGUCUUGAUGACAACCGAAUCUCCACGAUCCCAACCCAUGCCUUCAGAGGUCUCGCCUCACUUAGAUGUCUAGUCUUGGAUGGGAACCUUUUGGCAAACCAGCGCAUUGCAGACGACACAUUUUCCCGCCUUUCCAAUUUGACAGAAUUGUCCCUUGUCCGUAACUCCCUACAAACCCCACCUGUCAACCUGCCCAGUGCCCACCUGCAGCGCUUGUCUCUACAGGAAAAUGCCCUGACUCAUAUGCCACGUGGUUCAUUAGAUGGUAUGCAUAGGCUGCUGAGGCUGGACCUGUCAGGAAACAACCUCACCACACUGCCAAGGGGACUGUUCAAAGACCUAGAUGGCCUGGGCCAGCUACUGGUGCGAGGUAAUCCCUGGCACUGCGGAUGCAAUCUGCGCUGGCUGUAUGACUGGCUGCAUGCUCGGGGUAACUCCAUCACUGUAAGAGGUCUCACCUGCCAUGGGCCUGACAGGGUCCGAGACAUGGCCUUAAUAGACCUCUCCAGUGAGAUGGAGGAAUGUGAGGUGGUAAGGAUUGCAGGAACCAGAGACAAAAUGGGUGGAGCUGGGAUGGAUAGUGUUACCACUCAAACCCCUCCACAGGGCUCUCUAUUUACCCUUCGCUCGAAGCGACCUGGUUUUGGUCUUCCUGACUCUGGCUUAGAUUACACUCUCAGCAGUAGCGGUGUGGGGAAGAGUCUGGCCCUAAAUGUGAAGCCUCUUUCUCACAACAGCGUCCGUGUUACCUGGAGUGUGGCUCAGCCCAGCUCUUCGUUUAGGCUUAGCUGGCUUCGACUAGGCAUUGGUAAUGCCAUGGGAUCAAUCACUGAGACUCUGGUACGUGGCGAUCGUCGAGAGUACCUACUUACCUCCCUUCAACCUCGCUCCAGCUACAUCAUCUGCAUGGUUCCCCUCCCUGCCAGCUCAGAAGGGAACAAGGUUAGUUCUGGUGAUGCUGACUCUGAUGAGGCUCUGGUUUGUGCAAAAGCUGAAACUUCAGACCUCAUCACAUUGGAGGAUGAGGAGGAUGAAAACUCACCGCAGAUGACAGCGUUGCCCCUGGCAGGGAUUAUCGGUGGGGCUUCAGCCAUUGUGUCUUUGGCUCUUAUUUUUUGCGUCUUCUGUUGGUAUGGACAUAGGACUGGACAUUUGUGCCCCCGUGACCACUACACACGGAACAACUCUCGAAAAAAUAAGAACUAUGAUGAUUACAUUGAGUCAGGCACCAAGAAGGACAAUACCAUCUUGGAGAUCCGUGGUCCGGGCUUCCAGAUGACUCCUAUGGCAGCUUGCGAACCAAUGCAGCCUAAACCCCUAAGGGAGGAUUACAUCAUUCAUACCAUAUUCCCCUCCAAUGGCACUGGCCCAUACAAGGGUGUCAACCAUGUUUCUGAUGCGGGACAUGGCACCAACCGUGGCUAUAGAGAAGGAGGAAUCCCUGAUAUAGACUACUGUUACACAUGAUGUACUGUGCCAGAUCCUGUUCACAGUGUUAUUGGUAAACUGUAUAGAUGCACAAUUUCCCUUCGCAUGGACACUUCUGGAGCACCCCUCUGUGCCUUCUUCUUCUAGUGUCCCAUUCCAAAUCACCUGCUGUUCACUGCACUGGAAGAACUGUUUGUGAUUAACUGGAUCUGAAACCUUGUGGGAACAGUUCACUGCAGGAAGCAGCAGCCGGUGCCCCAGGUGUAAAUGCACAGCUGACUGUUUCUUCACCAUCUUAGUAAUGGCCUGUGUACGUUUUAUUUUUGCUCUUUCCCUGUGACAUGUAAGCAAAGAAUGUAUACACUGUGGAAAGGUCAAACUUAGCAUAAGCGGAGGUAGAGUUUCUCUUUCACCGACAAGAGCCACAGCAAUCAAUUAAAAAAUGAAACGAUUAGAAAUUGACAUUUUUGGUACUCUUUCCUGCUCACCGGUCAAACACAGUAUGAAGUAUUAUCAACUCAUCGUUCCAAAUGCCUCAAUAUAUUGAUGUGCCCUACCAGCUAUCCAAGGAAAGGGCUUUGUAAAGCUGUGAAUUGUUCUAUUUCAAACAACCCAAUAACCACAUGUCUUAAAGCAGGCUUGAUUACCCUUUUCAGUAGUUGGCAGGCUGAAGAUCUUAUCAAGGCUGGUCAGCCUUGGUAAUACCUCUCAAGAUCAUUCACCUGAGAUCAGUAAUGUAGUGUUGCAUCAGACAAAUUGCAGCACAAGCGUGUAGAUAAUUUCCUUAGAUACCGACUGGGCUGUGUUUGAAAAAUGCUUUGCUAUUUUUAUCAGUGGUUUGUUUAGUAAUAAAAUCCUGCACAGCUCUCUUUAUUUAUUUAUUUAUUUAGUUCCUUAUGUGAUGGUCUUUUUUCCCUGCCUAAAUUAGUUUUUCUCGUUUUCACCCUCAUGUUUGUCGGUACUGAUGAAACCUAGCUUUGAUAAAGAAAGUGGACUUGUUUCAUCCUAAUAACAAAACAAAAGAACUGAGGAAAAUAUCCUGAUGGCUGUCUCCAGGUUCAUGUUUUCUUAAGUAAAGCAGAGUGAAUUAUAAAAUAUAAUUGGAGAAUUAGACCCCAUCCAAAACUAGCACGUCAGUUUACUAAGAUGAUAGACACCAACACCACUCCCUUUUCAACAGCCUGUGUUCUUAGCCCGGGACUUCAGUUGCUUUCAAAUUGUCUCCUCUACAUUCAUUAAGCAACAAUGGCAUUCACAGAGAAUCUGGACUGGACAAAAUACCCAAAAGACUCUUGUGAGUGAACCUUCAAAUGAGGGCAAGAACUGUGAGUGAAACUGAGGAAACUCAAACCGCAACACUGUUGACCUGCACUGUGGAACAGCGGCCAAGCUGCAAGUGGGUGGAAGGACUGAUCGGGAAAUUUGGGGGAUGGGGUGACUACUCAGAGAGGUGAGUUCAUGGAUGUUUGUUUUAGCAGUGGUAAAAGGCCUCCACUUAUUCCACCUCUUUUAUUACAGAGCAGCACUAAAAAUGUAAAUGUUACAGCACUUAGCAGGGAGCAGGGAUAAAUGUUAUGACAGGCACGGGGAGACGAAGGGUACGGAAACAUCUCCAGGCACUGGGAAAGAUGCAGAAUUGAUGGCUCUGGCACGGUGGUGUUAACCCAUGCAUAAAUCUGUUUGUCAUACUCAGAUUCUUCCCUUGGGAUUAAUAUCAUCCAUCAGUUGUUUACCACUGUGUUGCUUCCAGAGGGGAAACCAACUGUGCUUCCUUGACUGUUCUGUCCGCUAGAGUUUUACAUUGGUGUCAGACAAUAGGUCAGUGGAAUGUAUAUUUCAUCUUGCACCCUAAAUCACUGGCUUGAACAAAUAAUAUCAAACUGGCCUGGCUAAUUCUGUUUUGGAGAAUGUUGAUGUAGUGUAAUUAUUAUUUUUUGCAGUGGGUCUAUUCAAAACACAGACUUCCCCAUCAUAUGUAUAAAUAAAACCAUGGCCACAGCCACAUGAAUAUUUUUUCUGGUGAAAUUAUAGAAAUUUAAUGGUGCCAUAACUUUGCGUAAAAAAAAAAUAUGUGAACCUGAGAUAUGUGUGGAAUUUGCUUUAUAAAUUCAUCUUCAGAGGGGAUCAAUAAAAAAGUUUUAUAAUCUUGUUA